AUGAAGGUCAUUGGUAGACGCUCGUUUGACAGCGGCAGACCCUCAUCAGCCGGGAAAGGGCCCUGGGAUUCUCCUGCUGCUGACGGCAAUUCCCAGAGCGGGAGGCACGGCGAUGGGAGGUCCGGCGACGGGAGGUUCGGCGACGGGGGGUUCGGCGACGGGAGGUUCGGCAGCAGCAGCGCGAUUCUGCAUGAGAGAGGGAGUGAGGCGAGCAGGAGCAGGGGAGGGGAGGCGAGCGGGCGGGCCGGCAUAGUCCAGAGGAGCAGAACGAGAGACAGCAUCACGGACUAUGAACCUUUUCCUGUUGGCAGAGCCGAGGGCUUUCAAGUGUACGAGAGAGGGGCUGAGGCGAGCAAAAGCAGGGGAGGGGAGCCAGGCGGGCUGGGCGGCACAGUCCGGAGGAACAAUACGAGAGACAGCAUCACGGACUACGCACCGGUUCCCACAGGCAGGACGGAGGGCUCGCAGGAGAGGGGUGUGUAUGAUAUCGCGCCCGUGAGCCGGAGAGUGGGCGGGAAAGCGGCGUACGAGGGGAAAGCGGUGAAUGAGUUCAUUCCUACAGGCAGAGCGGUUUUGCAGAGGCAUGAAACGGAUCCAGCAGAGAGAACAGGGCGCUUGCAAGCAGCGGGUGAAGCGGCGGGUACAGGCAGAGGAAGGAGCGGGGCGGAUUAUGGACCACCUCUCAUCGUCACCCGAAGUGGUGGCUUGCAGGGUGUGGGUGGAGGGGUGGAGGAGAAGGUGCCACGUAACUCGUCCCUUUCCCCCUUGGCUUCAGCCAGGGGCAAUUCGCAGGGCAGAGGCACCAACAGCAGUGGGACCGUGACAGGCGCACAGGGAGGCGAGGCAGGACAGGGAAGCCCUUCUGCUCUCCCCACAGCAGAAGGCCUUUCACCUCUCCCCACAGCAGGGACCGCAGUGGAAUGCCGCCAGUUCUCCCCGGACCAGCUCACCCGAGCCACCAACAACUGGGCAGCAGAAAACAGGCUCGGCCGAGGCUCAUUCGGCACGGUGUACAAAGGACGUCUCUUAGGCUGCAUGGUGGCAGUCAAACGGCUGGAAGGCGGCGGGUGGCAGGGCAGUGCGGAGUAUAGAAUGGAGGUGGAGGUGUUGUCUAGGAUGCGGCACCCGCAUAUAGUGCUGCUCAUGGGUCACUGCCCUGAUGAGAUGAGCCUUGUGUAUGAGUACCUGCCUGGAGGGAGCUUACAGGAUUUUCUUGAUGUGAUUGCUGCUGGGAACAGCAAGGGUGGUGGUGUGGGUGGUGCGGGUGGUGUGGGUGGUGUGGUUGGUGCGGGUGGUGCGGUUGGUGCGGGUGGUGCGGUUGGUGCGGGUGGUGCGGUUGGUGCGGGUGGUGUGGUUGGUGCGGGUGGUGUGGGUGGUGGCAGUGGGGGAGGGGGGAGCGGUCGGGGUGGGAGAAAGCCGUUGACUUGGUUUGACCGGGUGAGAAUCUUAUCCGAGGUGGCUGGUGCGCUGAUGUACCUUCACCAGAACGACCCGCCCAUAGCGCACCGGGACUUAAAGCCUGACAACAUUCUCCUCGAUACAAGCCUCGCCUCUAAGGUCGCCGACGUGGGCCUCGCGCGGUUACUCAGUGACGUGGAAAAUGUAACCGCGCGUGUGAGAGGCACAGUGGGGUAUAUAGACCCGGAGGAGCUUGAGACUUGUGAGAUUUCGGUUCUUUCGGAUGUAUACGCGUUUGGGCUGAUAGCGCUGCAGCUGCUGCUAGGAGAGCCGAAUGUGAAGGAGUUGCAUCGGAGGCUGGGGAGGAUACAGGAGUGGAUAGGGAAGAGCAUGGGUGGGGUAGGGUUGGGAGGAGUGGGCAUGCGUGGUGGUGGGUUUCAACCGGUAGAGAUGGAUAGUACGAGGGUGCUGGCUCGGACUGUUGAGGAGAUAGUGAGGGAGGUUGAUGUUUCGGGGGGGCAAUGGCCCCUGCCAGUGGCUCGGAAGCUGACGGAGCUGGCGCUCUGGUGUGCGGUUCGGCAGCGGGAGGCUCGGCCGAACCUGGUGGAGGUGGUACAGCCGGCGAUGGGAGAGGUGAUGGAGGAGGCGGAGGUGGAGAUGGGGAAGAGGAGGAGGAGCUUCGACGAGCAGUGCAUGUGCCCGCUGUCGCAGAAGCGCAUGACAGACCCCGUGGUGGCAGCGGACGGAUUCACAUACGAGCGCAGCAGCAUCGAGCGCUGGCUGCUCUCCAACUCUGUCUCGCCGCGCACCGGCCAGGCGCUCCCCCACAAGCACCUCACGCCCAACCACACGCUCAAGCUGCUGCUGCUCCAGGGCCACUAG